AUGGAUAGUGGACAGUCUUUGAUAUCUACGCAGAGGGAUGCUACUGUCAAAGAAUUUGAUGGUGAAGAAGAUCAAUUGUGUGAUUAUAAUCACAUCAGCACACCCAAACCUUCAGGAAAAAGUGAAAAAUGUUCUGGAAUUGAAUUUUCUCCUUCAGAUAGUUUCUUUAGCCCAGGAGUAUUAAAGGAAAUAGAUGAAAUCAUAUACAGAAGUACCAAAAAGAAACUCCAAUUCGUGGAUGAAAAUUCUACAAGAACAGGAAUUGAUAUUUGCAGUUCAGCUUCUACUUUUUUGUUCUCCGUAUAUGAAUAG